AGUUAACUUUCCCGUUUGACGGAGGCCUUGACGGCUCUUAGUAUAUAGUACAUGCACCCGGUGAUGGCGUCAGUCCUCUGUAACACACCACCCCUGCCAGCAUGAUGAAAGGUCUCUUCCCGAUCGCCCUCAUUGUGGCCACCACCCUCGCUGACGUAAGCGGCUCUGUUCUCGUCGCCACGGGUCUGAGCGCGGCGGGUUUGGCUGCCGGAGGUUUGGCUGUUGGUGCCUUGGCUGUUGGCGCAAAGCUUCUGGUUCUUAAGGCCAAAAGGCGCCGUCACGGCCGCGAGGCUGCUCCAUCUUGUGUUUCCUUCGACAACCCAGAAAUGUACUUCGCUCUGGCAGCCAACGGUGACUUUCUGGAUUGUGGGCGUCGCUUCGUUUGUGAGCUAGAGGCGACGCCUGACGAGAACCUUGCCCAGGAGGAACGACUCAUCCGUAACCUUUUCGGACAAGACUCCGUCGCCGUCAACAGCAGCGCUGCUGAAUUUUACGCCGAGGCCGGCAGGCUUGGAGCCGUCGAGGGCAUGGAUGCUUGCGCUGCCACCUUCUCUAGGUGCCCCUUCGAUCGCAAGACCAUCUUUCUGGAAUUCAAGGAGACCCAGGCAGCCCAGUGAGGCUGUGUGGGUGGGUGUGUAGUUGUCUUACGAGGAUGAGUGACAGCCGCGGUGUAGGGUUGCACGCAGACCCCGAGGACUGGUAGUGCGGCAGCCGCGGCCGUGGCCUUCACUCUCUCUCUCUCUCUCUCUCUCUCUCUCUCUCUCUCUCUCUCUCUCUCUCUCCCCUACUACUACUACUAUUACUACUACUAUUAGUAUCCUUGAGUAGUACAGUUACUCCUGCAAUUAAUUCUGCAAUUAAUACUACCACAAGAACUAUUAAUACUACUGCCAUUAUGUAAGUACUUCUACUGCUACUACCCUUGUAUAACUGUCAAGGUUCCAGAGUUGGGUGCUGUAAUCGGAAGGGAUAAAAAUAAACAAGAUAAAUGGUCA